AUGGCACAGGACGGAGAAUCUCGGCUUCCCGAAACAAACACUGUUAAGAUGCUAUCAGUGUUGAAGGCGUUAGCCCAGUGUCAUGUUAUUUUGGGUCUGAUAAGGCUGAUCCUGUCGACUUUAGCUGACUGCAUAAUCAUUCGUGCAUUUGUGCCAGCUAUUAUUAUCGUGUCUGGCUUCAUCGUUCACUUCUAUCAGCAUGAAUGCUGGGGCGAAUGUGAUUGGCAUUCAUUGGCGACAUCGUUACCUCGAAACAGUCACUGUCAGAUCAUGUGUGGAGAUCAUGUAGACGAUAAUAUGAGAAUUUCGAUGACUCACGCCGGUCUCAUUUCGGCUGCGAUUCUGGAAUUAUUGUUGGCAUUGGUAAAAACAAUAAUUUCUUCACGAACAAUUCGCUGUACGGUGCGGGGUCCAUCAGUUGAAAUGGUUCCGUUGAAUGGCGGCACAACAUCGAUGUCAUGCGGUCCAUUUGACAACGCAACAAUAAAGACUGAGGUGACAACUAGCUGUGUUUCCUGA